AUGAGCAUCGAGAGUCUCGGCGGAGCGAUCGGGGACUCCCUGGGCUCUAGCCUGAUGGUACGACUGAGCGGCGUCCGAAAUUCUCUGUCCCUGAAAUCCGCGGGUCGGAUCAGCUCCCUUUUUCAAACCAUGGUCCCGACCGGCUACAGCAAGCUCCAGGAGGAGCGUCUGGCUAUGACAGACCUCUGUGACAAACCCGAAACUGGCGCUCUCCAAAACGGUUACAGACAAGAAACGCCUCACCUAGAAGGACGGCGCCUGCUGGACCGCGUUUCUCGCUCCUCCAUCACUCUGUCGGACUCCGGAGAUGGAAACUACUCAGAACUGGAGCCCAUGUUGGCUGAAAGGAGGCUUUCUGGAGAUAAAGCGGAAGAGGAUGAAGAGGAAGAGGUGCAACCUGUUGUCCACAUUCUGCCUAAGGAGUCGCCGCUGGCCAUGGCUUUGCAGAUCCUCGUGCCUUUCCUAUUGGCUGGUUUUGGAACCGUGUCCGCCGGUAUGGUGUUGGAUGUUGUGCAGCACUGGGAGGCGUUCCAGUACAUCACGGAGAUCUUCAUCCUGGUUCCCGCUCUGCUUGGCCUCAAGGGCAACUUGGAGAUGACGCUGGCCUCGCGCUUAUCGACGGCGGUGAACGUGGGCAAAAUGGAUUCUCCAAUAGAGAAGUGGAAUCUAAUAAUAGGCAACCUGGCACUCAAGCAGGUUCAGGCCACCGUAGUGGGCUUUUUGGCAGCCGUGGCGGCGGUGGUUCUCGGCUGGAUUCCAGAGGGGAAGUUUCAGAUGAGCCACGCCGUGCUGCUGUGCUCCAGCAGCGUCGCCACGGCUUUUAUUGCCUCUAUGCUGCAGGGUUUCAUCAUGGUCGGCGUGAUCGUGGGCUCCAAAAAGACCGGCAUCAACCCGGACAACGUGGCCACGCCUAUCGCCGCCAGUUUCGGCGACCUCAUCACGUUGGCCAUCCUGGCGUGGAUCAGCCAGGGCCUCUACAAGUGCCUGGAUUCCUACCCGUAUGUUUCCUCUCUGGUGUGUGCCUUCUUCAUGUGUCUGACGCCUCUGUGGAUCAUUGUCUCCUCCAAGCACCCGGCCAGCCGCACGCUGCUCUACUCCGGAUGGGAGCCGGUCAUCACGGCCAUGGUCAUCAGCAGCAUUGGAGGGCUCAUCUUGGAUAAAACGGUGUCAGACCCCAACCUGGCUGGAAUAGUAGUAUACACCCCUGUAAUCAAUGGUAUUGGCGGUAACUUGGUGGCCAUUCAGUCCAGCCGCAUCUCCACAUUCCUGCACUUCCACUGCGCCCCUGGGGAGGUCCCUGACGAGGCCAAGGGUUGCUACUACCCCUGCCGCACGUUCUUUGGAACCGGAGCAAAUCACCGGUCGGCUCAGGUUCUCCUCCUUCUGGUGAUCCCCGGGCAUCUAAUAUUCCUUUACACCAUCCACCUGAUGAAGAGCGGACACACCACGUUGACGCCCAUCUUCACGUCGGUUUAUUUGGCAGCCGCUCUGCUGCAGGUUCUGCUGCUGUUGUGCAUCGCCGAUUGGAUGGUGCAUUCCAUGUGGCGCAGCGGCAAAGACCCGGACAGCUUCUCCAUCCCGUACUUGACGGCGCUGGGCGACCUGCUGGGAACGGCGCUGCUGGCGCUUAGCUUCCACUUCUUGUGGCUCAUUGGUGACCAGGACAGCGACGUAGGCGACUAA